AUGGUUAAUGCAAUUACAUCUAUUUAUCCAUCAGGAGGAACUCGAUCCAAAGCGCUUUAUAACUUAACUUCGAAAACAAAUGGAAUGAACAAUUGCGGAAAAGAUGAGGAUUUUGAAGAAAUAACUAAAUACCUCCCUGACUUUUCUGCCACCUACCCAAGUUACUGUGCAAACCCACUAGUCUCCGGGCAAGGCUCCAUGAAUCUGCCUUCGAUGAUGGGUACAUAUUCAGGUGUUUAUAUAACUACUAUAGCGGUACAAGAUCAUGGGCCUGUUGAUUCUUUUAAUUCAUUGGAUUUGUCAUCGUUUAGUAAGGAUAACGGUAGCAGUGAUUUGGCAAUGAACUCGACGGAUUUUUUCGAAAGUAGAAGUAUUAUUGAUGGUGGAGCAAUCGAGUAUUACCUGGGCGUUAACACUAUGAAAUUGCAGUAUAACUAUUCAACAAGUAUACCUCAAAUAAUACAGAUCAGAAUUCAUUGUGCAGGGUAA